AUGGCGUCGCACAUCAUUGUCCUGCCGGGCGAUGCUAUCGACGAUGACCUGAUACCGACACACCCUCGCAAGCCGCUCCGUCUCGGCCCCGGGCUGCGUCACGACCCCGCGACCAACUCUAUCCUGCCAACCGUCGCGGGGCGACUCGUCAGCGACCACAACAAGAACUUGAUCCGCGUCGAGACAUCCACCGGGAGGUACCUCCCCCGCGUCGGUGAGCUCGUCAUCGGCACCGUGCACAAGUCCGCCGCCGACGUCUACUACGUGCACCUCUCCGACCACUCCGCGCCCGCCACCCUGCCCCAGCUGUCCUUCGAGUCCGCCACGCGCAAGACGCGGCCCGUGCUGGCCCCUGGCGCGCUCGUGUACGCGCGCGUCGCCGCCGCCGACCGCCACAUGGACGCCGAGCUCGAGUGCGUGUCCUCGACGACCGGCAAGGCCGACGGCCUCGGGCCCCUGGUCGGCGGCAUGCUCUUCGCCGUUUCCCCCGGCAUGGCGCGCCGGCUGCUGAUGCCCGGCAGCGGCGCCGGCGGCGUGGUGGUGCUGGAGGCGCUGGCGGCGGCGGGCUUGCAGUUCGAGACGGCGACGGGGAGGAACGGCCGCUUCUGGGUGGACGCAGCGAGCGUGAGGACGGUGCUUCAGGUCGGGAGGGCGGUGCAGGUGACGGAUGAGGAGGGGCUGGACGCGGAGGCUCAGCAGCGACUUGUCAAAAAGCUGCUGAAGGAACUAAGCUAG